UAAGCCACACAACCGUCCGAAUGAGUUUUACAUUACCAUUGUCAAUUGCAACUAUCACUCUUCUCGAUCAGCAUUUCUCAAAUGAUCGACUAGACGGCAGACGUGCACAAAUUGGGUAGAUAUUACUUUUAUAAUUAGUGAAAAAUUAACUUAAAAGUUGGAAGUACCACUUCAACCAAGGUCAGGUCCCCUAUUCUCCGUCUCUCUGAUAAUUAACAAGAUAGGUCGAUGAACUAUCACCGGCUAGUUCGUCGAUUUUCAACUCUGAUUGAUCCGCGAAAUCAAAACCCUAACUCAACACAAUUUACAAUUUCUGGGAAAUUCGAGAGGAGGAAUCGGAAUUCAAUUCCAGUACCCCAUAGAACAAUACCUGAACCCCUAGGUCAAGAUCUUGAUUACGUGAAUGUAGCUCACAGUCACCUUGUACACUCUGAUUGGGUUAAGCUCGAUCGAUUAUCCUCCUCUCUGACACCGUUGAGAGUGAAGCACAUUCUGUUGAAGAUCCAGAAAGACCAUGUUCUUUCACUUGAAUUCUUCAAUUGGGUCGAAGCCCAAAACCCUAGUUUCCUCACCCUCGAUUCCCAUUCCAUAAUUCUCCAUAUUCUCACCAAGAAUCGCAAAUUCAAAUCAGCCGAGUCAAUUUUGAAGAAGAUUCACCAAUCGUGCUCGAUUGAUUUUCCUUCUAAGCUCUUUGAAUCCAUACUCAAUUCUUACAGAGUCUGCGAUUCUUCGCCUUGUGUUUUCGACUCGCUUUUCGAAACAAAUCUGAAACAAGGAUUCAAUGCCACCGAUGCUUAUUGUCGUAUGAAGGACUAUGGGUUUGUCCCAAAUGUUGAAUCUUGCAAUGCGUAUUUGAGUUCGUUGAUGAAUUUGAAUCGAGCUGAUAUCGCAUUAGCAUUUUAUAAAGAAAUGCAGAGAUCAAGGAUUUCGCCGAAUGUUUAUACUUUGAACAUUUUCAUUAGUGCUCUGUGUAAAUUGGGGAAACUGGAAAAGGCUGUUGAGGUGUUUGGAGAGAUGGAAAAUAUGGGUUGUGUUCCUACAGUUGCUUCUUAUAAUACAUUGAUUGCUGGACACUGUAACCAAGGCCUUCUGAGCACUGCUUUGAAGCUCAAGAAUUUGAUGGAGAAGAAUGGGUUAUGCCCAAAUGAUGUUACUUUCAACACACUCAUUCAUGGGUUCUGCAAGGAAGGGAAAUUACACGAAGCGAACAAACUUUUUAGUGAGAUGAAAGGGAUUGAUGCGUCUCCUAAUACUGUAACUUACAAUACAUUGAUAAAUGGGUAUAGCCAAGCUGGUAAUGUUGAGAUGGGUAGAAGGCUUUACGAGGAGAUGUCGAGUAAUGGGAUUAAGAAGGAUAUCUUGACUUACAAUGCAUUGAUUUCGGGACUAUGCAAGGAAGGGAAGACAAAGAAAGCUGCUUAUCUGGUUAAAGAACUCGAUAGCAAGAAGUUAAUCCCUAACUCUUCAACUUUUUCUGCCCUUAUUAACGGGCAGUGCAUGAGGGGGAACUCUGAACGUGCUUUUCAGCUGUAUAAAAGCAUGGUAAGGUGUGGUUGUCAUCCGAAUGAACAUACUUUGAAGAUGUUGAUGUCCAGUUUCUGUCAGAAUGAAGAUUUUGACGGAGCAAUGCAAGUCUUGCGAGAGAUGUUAGAAAGAUCAAUGGCUCCUGAUUCAUCUAGGUUAUCCGAGCUUUGCCAUGGACUUCGCCAAUGUGGAAAAGACAAAUUGGUAAUGGAGUUGUGUGAAAAGAUGGAAGCUAGACCCCUUAUGCCAGAAGGUUUGGAGAAAACACAAAGCAUCAUUGCUUGACCAAAAAUUCUAGGCGAGGAAAAUGGAGAUUUCUUGUAAGAAUUUAUAGGCUUGUAAUCGCUGUAUUUUGGAAUAAAAGUAUUUUUUGGCCUAACAUUGUGGAAUAGAAGUGUUUUUUUGCCCAA